UGCCAGCACCAGCAAGGAGGCAGCAUGUCCAUGAUUGCAGAGUUCUACAGCAACAAGUCCAUCCUGCUGACCGGGGCCACGGGCUUCCUGGGCAAGGUGCUGAUGGAGAAGCUGCUGCGCACCAGCCCCGACCUCAAAGCCAUUUACAUCCUCGUGAGACCCAAGGCGGGCCAGAGCCUCCAGCAGAGAACGUUCCAGAUCCUCAAUAGCAAGCUCUUUGAGAAAGUGAAAGAAGCAUGUCCUGACAUUCACGAGAAGAUCGUGCCAAUUUCUGCCGAUCUCAACCACAGCGACUUGGGCCUCAGCAAGGAGGACCUGCAGGAGCUUCUGUCCUGCACCAACAUCAUCUUCCACUGUGCGGCCACCGUGCGUUUUGACGACAGCCUGAGACAUGCCGUGCAGCUGAACGUCACGGCCACACAGCUGCUGCUGCAGAUGGCCGGCCAGAUGCCCAAGCUCGAGGCCUUCAUCCACAUCUCCACCGCCUUCUCCAACUGCAACUUGCAGCACAUCGACGAGGUCAUCUACCCAUGCUCAGUGGAGCCCAAGAAGAUCAUUGACUCCAUGGAGUGGCUGGACGACAAGAUCAUCGAGGAGAUCACCCCCAAGCUCAUCGGGGACCGGCCCAACACCUACACCUACACCAAGGCUCUGGGGGAGAUGGUCAUCCAGCAGGAGGGCCGCGGCCUCAAUGUGGCCAUCAUCCGGCCAUCCAUCGUGGGCGCCUCCUGGCAGGAGCCCUUCCCGGGUUGGGUUGAUAACCUGAAUGGGCCCAGUGGAAUAAUCAUUGCUGCUGGAAAAGGGUUUCUGCGGUCAAUCCGUGCGAACCCCAAGGCCGUGGCUGACGUGAUUCCGGUGGACACGGUAGUGAAUCUCACCCUCGCUGCAGGCUGGUACACGGCCGUCCACAGACCUAAGACAACAUUGAUCUACCACUGUACAUCCGGGAAUCUCAAUCCAUGUCAAUGGGUCAAGAUGGGAUUCCAAGUCUUGGCAACCUUUGAGAAAAUCCCAUUUGAGAAAGCUUUCAGAAGACCAUAUGCUGACUUUGCAACCAAUAGCUUCACAGUGCAGUACUGGAAUGCCGUGAGCCACUGGGGCCCGGCCAUCAUCUAUGACGUCUACCUUCGACUCACCGGAAGGAAACCCAGGAUGACCAAGCUCAUGAAUCGCUUGUUGAGAACUAUCUCCAUGCUGGAGUACUUUAUCAACCGAAGCUGGGAGUGGAGCACCAAUAAUACCGAAAUGCUGAUGUCAGAGCUAAGUCCUGAAGACCAGAAGAUAUUUAAUUUUGAUGUGCGCAAGCUGGACUGGUUGGAAUACACUGAAAAUUACGUCUUGGGAGUUAAGAAGUACCUAUUGAAAGAAGACAUGGCUAGGAUCCCAGAAGCAAGGCAACACUUAAGAAGGCUCCGAAAUAUUCACUACCUCUUCAACACAGCUCUAUUUGUUAUCAUCUGGCGCCUUCUCAUUGCCCGGUCUCAGAUAGCACGGAACAUCUGGCUGUUCAUCGUGAGCUUCUGUUACAAGUUCCUCUCUCACUUCAGGGCCUCCAGCUCUCCCAAGGCCUAAGCACAUGCAAGGACCACAUUUUCUCUGGGUCCUCUCCUCAGAUACCUCUAAAUCAACCAACUGUGAUUCUUCAGAUUAGGAAAUUAAGAAGGGACCAAAGCAGUCAAAUGGUUAUGCAUUCAUUCCCACUUGUUAACUGUAUAUUCUUUUUAUUCCAGUGACAAAGGAAAGCUAUAGUUUCUAUAUCUUCACAUAUUUGGGGGAGGGGAGCGAACCUUCUGAAUUAUUUCCUAACAUCCUCCUCUAAGCUCUUGCAUAUUAAGCAUGAAAGUGCCCAUAUCUCUCUGCAUUUUGCUUACCUUUUUUUCCCGUGAGGAUCAAGUCAACUCAAUAGGCAAGGAAGACUUGGUAGAAAGCAAAAUGAGACAAGGAAAUGCCGUACUGGCCAAGGCUUGGUGGCUUACACCCAUAACAUUAGGUACUCAGAGUUCAAGGUCCAACUGGGUGGGACGUCAGUCCUAUAUAGUUUGUGAUCCCAGCUAUGUGAGGGGUGUAAAAGAGAGAAUCACAGUCCAGCCAUGUGAGGGGUAUAAAUGAGAGGAUCACAGCCUAGCUAUGUGAGGGGUGAAAAUGAGAGGAUCACAGUCCAGCUAUAUGAGAGGAGUACAUGCAAGGAUCACAGUCCAGCUAUGUGAUGGGUGUAGAUGAGAGGAUCACAGUCAAGCUACGUGAGGGGUACAGAUGAGAGCAUCACAGUCAAGCUAUGUGAGAGGCGAAAAUGAGAGGAUCACAGUCUAGCAAUGUGAGAGGCGAAAAUGAGAGGAUCACAGUUCAGCUAUGUGAGAGGUGAAAAUGAGAGGAUCACAGUCCAGCUAUGUGAGAGGAAUAAAUGAUAGGACCACAGUCCAGGCUGGCAAGGCAAAAACUGGACCCCCUACCUGAAAAUUAGCUUAAGAGGGAGAGAGAGGGGUAACUUAAAUGGUAGAGCAUUUGUUUAGCAAGGGGAAGGCCCCAAGUUCAAACUUCAAUCACACCAAAAAAAAAAAAAAGUACGGCUUUUGUUACCAUUCUGGAAUACUAAGGAAAACAAUUCAGAAUCACAAAUGCUGUAAGAGAAAUAACCUCCCACUAGAAAUGUCUUUCCUCCUUGAAUUUUCCAUGUUAUACAUCAGGGGCAGAAAAAUGGGACUCCUAUUUACCUUUUUUUUCUGGAUUAUAUCCA